GCCACACGACACUACACAAAAAAAGUUUUGACAAGAGAUCUUAUGACUUUCACUUUCCGACAGUUGAAAUGUUUUAGCGGUUAAUAUUAUUUGAAGGCUAAUUAACAGCUUAAAUUUUCCAAUUUUUACGCUUUUCCAAGAGGAAAGAUAACUUUUACUUCUCAAAUUAAUCUACAUUCCUUUCACCUUAAACGCACCAACGAAUAGGUGAAAAAAAUAUUAUUUUGCAUUGCUACGGCUAUCUUUUCUCCUCCCCCCUCCCCCCAUCAUUACUCUUUCCUCCCUUAUCAUUUUACUAAUACGCCUCGUUCCUUCUCCCUUACACCUUUUCUACUAGUUACUUCUGAUUUCCAAUUAUCAAUGUGGGAGUCGUGCAUCCCUAUGCCUUAUGAUGUUUUCAUGUUUUUUUUUUGUUUUUUGUUUUUUUCAGUUUUUUGUUGUUUUGUUUAUUGAUUGCUUUUAUUUAUGUAUUGUGUCCUUUUUUCAUUCAGGUCACUAAACUAAGCGUGAACAGCGACACUUUAAUCACCGGACAUGACGGAAUCAGUUGGUAUGACUGUGGUACUCCUCCUACUCGCCAUUAUAGAUAUCGUUGGUAACGUUAUCGUUUGUGCGAUCAUCAAGAGAAAUCGAGAUAUGAGGAGUCCCAUGAAUUAUCUUCUUCUAAACCUGGCUAUAGCUGAUAUCAUGUAUGCCGCGUUCAUCGCCCCUCGAGUUUACUUCCAGCUUACUUUAAAUCAUCCAGAUGGAGUGAUGGGCACAAUUUUUUGCAAAUUUGUGACAGAUGGAAGUGUCGCGUGGAUUGGAGGAGCCUCUUCCAUUGUCACUUUGACUGCAAUCGCCAUUGAACGAUAUUAUGCAGUAAUGUAUCCCCAUGGAAACAAAUGGAAACUUACCGAGCAAAAACUGAAGGUGAUUAUUCCCUUUAGCUGGAUUUUUGCCAUACUUCUUAUCACGCCGAUGUUCAUUGUCAAAGAUGUCUUGAAGAACAAGGACGGAGGUAGCUUCUGUGCAUAUGUCUACCCAGAGGAGUGGAUGGGUAGAGCAUAUACCACCACAUGGAAUGUGGUUUUCUUUCUUCCAUUGGCUUUGAUGAUUGUGUUGUAUGCCAGAGUCGUGCGCGCUUUGUGGUUUCAUGGUAAUGAUGACAAUCAACUGACACAUCAACAGAAGGGAGUGGCGAGAGUGCGAAAAAGAGUCACUCUGAUGGUCGUAGCUAUCACUGCCAUAUAUGGGAUCUGUUGGGGCACGAAUGAAGUUGUUUACGCCAUCGAGUUCAUAGCACUGCACCACAUUGGUCACCUCCCAAUGGCCAUCGCUAACACGAUGGUCUUGUUUAAUUCUGCUAUCAACCCGUUUGUAUACGCGCUGUUGAACAAGCAGUUCAGAGAGAAGAUGAAGGUAAUGUUAUGCUGCACACAUUCCCCGGCUGCCAGGAUUCAUCCUAAGAGGAAAAGCAAGGACACGGUCCUUGAUCACAACACCAUCCCCUCGAUUUACACAGCAGCGUCAUCUACAACGGAGUGAUAAGUGUUCCGAGCUGAUUAGCGCAUUCUGAAGGAUCAGACUCACUUGUUCUAGAAUUUGAGCGGAAAAAAUACGAUACAUGCAUUUCACUAUGUCCACGUACUUUCACAAGAAAUAUGUUGUUUUUAUACUGUAAUGGUAAAGUACAGUUGCACACACUUUGUUUUUAAUCGAAGUUGUUUAUGUCAUUUAUAAUACAUAACUUGCACCUGUAUAUUACACAUGAGGGUCUCAUUGGGGUGUGGUGGGGUGGUUUUACGGCUAACGGUUAGUUUAUUUUCCUUACGGUCAACAGAAAUCCCGGGGAGGUAUUCCCAAAAAAAUUGGGUGGGGGUGUGCGGUCCGCUUCCCAAAACCCUUACCCUAUUUAUGACCAAAAUCUGCGAU